CCCGGAAGCGGGGUGGAGAGCGCGGUGAGGGGUGUGCCUCUGGUUCUAAGUCGCCACAGCUUUUUGUCACCCGGCUUAAAUUCGGUUUUCAAACCGGCUCUGACAGGAUCCUGAGAUCCCUACCCAUCCCCAUAUCUCAUCUCCAGCUGCCAAUCACUGCAGACUGCGAACCCAGGACCGGACAGAGUUUGCCGCCUGCCGCUCGGUCGCCCCCGGGACAGGUCAGGGUGCCGGCGAGGGUUUCGCGCCGCCUUGUGGCCUCUUCCUUCCCACCCGUCCUCCCGGCUCCUUCGUCGCUCCAACCAUGGCACAGAAGCCCAAGGUAGACCCCCACGUCGGGCGGCUAGGGUACCUGCAGGCGCUGGUCACUGAGUUCCAGGAGACCGAGAGCCAAGACGCCAAGGAGCAAGUCCUCGCCAACCUUGCCAACUUCGCCUAUGACCCGGGCAACUACCAGUAUCUGCGGCAGCUGCAAGUGCUAGACUUAUUCCUCGACUCGCUGUCAGAAGAGAAUGAAACUCUAGUCAAGUUUGCUAUUGGGGGCCUCUGUAACCUGUGCCCGGACAAGGCCAACAAGGAGCACAUCCUGCAGGCCGGAGGCAUCCCGCUCAUCACCAACUGCCUAUCCAGUCCUAACGAGGAGACGGUGCUAUCUGCUGUCACCACACUCAUGUACUUGAGUUCACCCGGCACCAACCCCCAUCCCGAGCUCACCUCCUUGCCUGUGGUCCAGUGCAUGCUGCGCUUUUCUCUCUCGGCCAACACAAGGCUCCGGAACCUGGCCCAGAUCUUCCUAGAAGACUUCUGCUCCCCAAGCCAGGUGGCUGAGGCCCGCAGCCAGCAGGCCCAUUCAGCCCUGGGUAUCCCACUGCCAAAGACUGAGGCCCCACAACAGCCCUGAUCCAAGGAGACCGCAAGACCCUGUCACUUUCUGUCUGAGAUUAGUUCUGUCAUAGGCAUAGAAAGCACCUUGAGCCCAUCCUGCCCAAGAGAUGCCUGGUCAGCUGUAUGCAAGGUACAGUCUCUGAGUAUGGCAGGUAUUUAUGGCCAGGAGAAGCCGUAGGAAUGAAGAAGCCAGACCUGAGAUGCUUAGAGGAGAAAACCAAAGUUGGUGUGGCCUUCAAGGGCUGGCACUGCCAACAACUGCAGACAGCAGACAGCUCUGGUGCCCCAGUGCCCAGCUAAUGCCCUCACGUGAAAGGCCUCGCAUAGGGUGUACUCACUGAGCAGCUGCUGGACCAAGACUUGUGAGAGCAGCCAGUAACAUGAGUGUCCAGAGUGACGUCGAUGACUAGAGAUCAGUUGGCCUUAUUAGCUGGGGAGGUGCUGUGGGGUAACUCCUCUAGCACCGAGGCUGGGCAUUUGGGCACGGCAGACAUUGACUUGGACAGCUCUGUAGCCCAGAAACAAAUGUCCACACACCCCUGCCUGUUAGGCACCGUGUGAAGAAUGCAGCGAUGAGUCUCUGCCCUUGGGUGUCACCUGAAGGACUAGUAACCAGAGGCCAUCAGGCAUUAGGAGUUAAGCACAGAAUAAAGACGGGACCAGGGGUGGAGGUGCAUACCUUGUCCCUUUGGAGAGGCCCUACAUAGAUCCUAGGACAUGGUCAGAAAGACAGCGACUUCAGCUCCUCCGGUGACCAGGCUGUGGACCCCUCAUGUACCAGCUGCCAACUGUGGCAUCCCUGUCCCUUCAGAAAAGUUGCUCUGGCCCCUCUGCCUGUGAUCAGAUCUUCUGACACUGGAGUAGGAGCCCUGGAUAUGAAUGAACCCUUCAUGGCUAUCCAGAUCUGCUUCCCGCCAUUCUCCAGGAACCACUGGCUCCCAGGGCAGCUGUCAACCCAUUAGGACUGACAGAUAUUCAAUAAAGACACCUAGAACUAGAUGCCGGAGGAGCACAGUGGCUCGAACCUGUAAUCCAGUCACUUGAGAAAUGGGGGGGAGUCAUAAGUUUGAGACUAGCCCACCUGGUGAGUCCCUGGCCAACUUGGGCUAUGGCCUGUCACAAAAGGAAGAAGCAGGGUCCCAAUAAUGUCAGGACAGCCAGAUCCUGUAACUGGUGACUCCCCCCUCCCUCCCUCCUGUGCCAGUGAAAGAAAAAUGAAGCUGGGGGGAAAGUGAAAAGAGGGUGGACCUGAUGAGGAGUUGGGGUUCAGGAAAAAUGGGGGUCCCCACUAGAUGGGCAACUAAAAGCUGUGUUAGAGGAAGGAGAUCUUCAAGGGUGUGGCACUGAGGCUGUCUGUACAGCCACUAGAUGAGGGAAGGAAGAGGCCUCUUUAUCAGAACCACCCCUGGGCACAGGCCCUCUCCUCUCCUAAGAGAAGGGUCUUCAAAGAACCAAAGCCUCACUUUUGGUUUUUAUUUUUAUUAAAAAAAUCUCCUGAUUU